GGCAUCGGCGCGUGCCCCCUCGCCCGCGCGGCGCUGCCCGGCACGCGGGGCGGGGGGGGCCAUGGACGGCGGCCGCCGCGGGACACAAAGGACGUUGCGGCGGCGGCGGGCGACGCGGCGCGGGGCCAUGGCGGCGGCGGCGGUGGCGGGGCCGGGCAUCGGCGGUGGCGGCGGCGGCCCGCGGUACAGCCUGCUGGCCGAGAUCGGCCGCGGCGCCUACGGCGUGGUGUACGAGGCGGUGUCGGGCCGCAGCGGCGCCCGUCUGGCGGUGAAGCGGAUCCGCUGCGACGCUCCCGAGAACGUGGAGCUGGCGCUGGCCGAGUUCUGGGCCCUGACGAGCCUCCGGCGGCAGCACCCCAACGUGGUGCGCUUUGAGGAGUGCGUCCUGCAGCGGCACGGCCUGGGGCAGCGCAUGAGCCACGGCAACAAGCGCAGCCAGCUCUACCUGCGCCUCGUCGAGACCUCCCUCAAAGGUGAGAGGAUCCUGGGCUAUGCAGAGGAACCUUGCUACCUGUGGUUUGUCAUGGAGUUCUGUGAAGGGGGAGACCUCAACCAGUACGUGCUGUCCCGAAGGCCUGACCCAGCCACCAACAAGAGCUUCAUGCUGCAGCUGACCAGUGCCAUUGCCUUCCUGCACAAGAACCACAUUGUCCACCGGGACCUGAAGCCAGACAACAUCCUGAUAACGGAGAAAUCUGGCACCCCUGUGCUCAAGGUGGCGGACUUUGGGCUGAGCAAGGUCUGUGCUGGCCUGACUGCUCGGGGCAAGGAGGGUGCGCAUGAGAACAAAAAUGUGAAUGUGAACAAGUACUGGCUGUCCUCAGCCUGUGGCUCUGACUUCUACAUGGCACCCGAGGUGUGGGAGGGGCACUACACUGCCAAGGCUGACAUCUUCGCCCUCGGCAUCAUCAUCUGGGCCAUGAUUGAGAGGAUCACUUUCAUUGACGCCGAGACCAAGAAGGAGCUGCUGGGGACUUACAUCAAGCAGGGGACCGAGAUUGUGCCCGUUGGGGAAGCGCUGCUAGAAAACCCAAAGAUGGAGCUGCACAUCCCUCAGAAACGCAGGACUUCCAUGUCUGAGGGGAUCAAGCAGCUCCUGAAAGACAUGUUGGCUGCUAACCCGCAGGAUCGACCUGAUGCCUUUGAGCUUGAAACCAGAAUGGACCAGGUUACAUGUGCUGCUUAAAUUCAGGGCAGGGCACCGCUGUGCUUUGCAGCUGGAUUUAUUUACCAGGGACCCAUAAUCUCCUUUAUUUACGUGCAACAAGGAAGUCAAAGAUAAGGGAAGAUGAUGAUACAGAAGAUCCCUGGUCUGCAGGAUCUCUGGCAAUGUGAAAUAUUUGGGUGUUACUUUUUGUG